AUGCCUCGACCAAGAUGGAGUCCAACACCACAACAGCUGAUGAUUUUACAAGAUUUGUAUAGAAAAGGGUUGAGAAAUCCAACUUCUUCUCAAGUACAAAAGAUCACAGCUCACCUUUCUCUUUUUGGAAAGAUACAAUGCAAGAAUGUUUUUUACUGGUUUCAAAAUCACAAAGCUAGAGACAGGCAAAAGCUAAGAAAACAGCUGCUUCACCAAAUGGAGAAAACUCCUACCGAAGAUAAUGAUAAUCAAUUACCUCUGCUCAUCAACAACACCAACACCAACGACGUCGUUCACUUCGUUGAGAAUUACCCUUCUUUUCCUCCUAAUGUCCAUACAUUUUACCCUCAUUCUCCUACUAUACUUCUUCAUCAGACUGAAGGAAAAGAGACAUCGUCAGCUCAAAUGAUGAACAACGUGGGGAAAGUGGAUCUUCGUUUAACAGAGAAUGACAUGAUGAAAAUGAACGUUCAAGGUUGGGUUUUGAUGAUGACAGACAAUAUGGGUCAAAAUUCUAUUCCCUGUUGCAGCAACGUCAGACCCAUCGAAACCCUACAACUCUUUCCCGUCAAAGCAACUGGAGUUAAGGAGUAG